ACCCCUUCCUAGCUUGUUCCGUGUGAAUGCGGUGUGGAAGGCUGCUUGCUGGUGGUGGAGGCGCUCAAACCGACGACAGAAAAACUAGAGACCAUUGCUUGAACAGUCCAGUUCACGAUUUAUUUGAAAAAUUCUGCAAAAGACACAGCUUCAUGUGUUUAAACUUCAAUUGUUUGACUAAGUUACUUUUGACAGGCGUUUUUUUCCUGGGGUCGUGCAGUCUCGAGUGUGUCGCCGUUUCUCUCUGGAGCCAACACUAAGGGUGACUCCAUGAAAGAUGACAGAGGAGGUGAUUGUUGUAGCCAAGUGGGACUACACAGCCCAGCAGGACCAGGAACUUGACAUUCGAAAAAACGAGCGUCUGUUCCUGCUGGACGACUCAAAAACGUGGUGGCGCGUCCGCAACACUGCCAACCAGACAGGCUACGUGCCCUCCAACUACGUGGAGCGCAAGAACAGCCUGAAGAAAGGCUCACUGGUGAAGAAUAUCAAGGACACGCUCGGUUUGGGAAAAACAAAGAGGAAAACAAGUGCCCGCGAUGCUUCGCCGACGCCGAGCUCCGAUACGGAAUACCCCUCUAACGGUAGCGGUCUCGGAGGAGGAGGAGGCGGCGGAGGGGCGGCGGAGAGAAUCAACGACCUCAACAUCCCCGCCGUGGUCAAGUUCGCCUACACGGCGGAGAGGGACGACGAACUGACCUUGACGAAGGGCUCCCGGGUGGUGGUGAUGGAGAAGUGCAGCGACGGGUGGUGGCGAGGCAGCCAGGCAGGACGUGUGGGCUGGUUCCCCUCCAAUUACGUGCAGGAGGAUAUGGUAGGGGCGGAUGACAGAGAGGAGGGGGAUUCCUCACGGAUAUACCACACUCAAGGGACCAUGCUUGCCAACGGGAGCGUCGGCGGCCGCGUGCUGGACAUCGUGCAGACCCUCUACCCCUUCAGCUCUGUCACCGAGGAGGAGCUCAACUUUGAGAAGGGCGAGGUCAUGGAGGUGGUGGAGAAGCCGGAGAACGACCCCGAGUGGUGGCGCUGUAAGAACUCGCGCGGCGUGGUCGGCUUGGUUCCUAAAAACUAUGUGAUGGUGCUGGACGAGCGACACGGCCCGCCUUCUUCCAAGACCAUCUCGCCGCAGAACCGGAACGCGGCGCCGUCGCGCUCGGGCAGGUUCGCCGGGAGGGACUGGUACUACGGAAACGUUACCCGACAUCAGGCCGAGCGCAUACUUAAUGAGCGAGGGGACGACGGUGACUUCCUCAUACGGGACAGCGAGUCGUCGCCCAGUGACUUCUCGGUGUCCCUCAAGGCGGCGGGCAAGAACAAGCACUUUAAAGUGCAGCUGUGCGACGGCGCCUACUGUAUCGGCCAGCGCAGGUUCAUCUCCAUGGAGGAGCUGGUGGAACACUACAAGAAAGCCCCCAUCUUCACCAGCGAGCAGGGAGACAGGCUGUACCUGGUCAAAGCACUGCUGUGAAAUACACACACACACACACACACACACACACACACACACACACACACUGGAUAUCUGUCAGGCGCAAACACAUCUAUACAACACCACUCCCUGACUGUCUUAUGAAUCAAGCCUUAUCUGGACCUCCUCUGGUGGUAUCAACACUCCAACCACGUCCUAUGUCGCCCCUGGUGGCUGUCGGGUAAAUCGUCCUUCUUUUGCCUCCCAGCAGGUGAGCACUGAAGCCUUCACGCCCCUCCUCCGGGGGAGUCUUAAGUCUUUGUAAUGUCAUGUGUCCCAUUCAAGUACGACCUAACACCAUUGCUCUUAAACUUACUUGAACAAGAUGACAACGAGUGAUUGUUUCAUUUAUUAUUUUUUCCCCCCCUCUGUUUUUCGUUCUUCCUUUGUUUGGUUUCAGUUCCUUUUCAGAGGUGUCAAUCAUGGCAAUGACUUCAAUAAGUGACCAGGAAUACUCUUUCCUUUUUGUCACGUCACGACUGUUUAAUUUUUUUUUUCAGUUUUCCUCUCGUAACGUGUGCGCUUGACUUCAGUUACACAAAUGAUUAAAAAAAAAAAAACGCACACAUUAUUCAUAGCCUCGGCCAGUGUGGAGUCCCACUAAGUUAUUCAUCACCUGUACACAUUCUGAUUUCAAGUUAUUCUUAACUUGAAAAUUUUUAGUUCAAGUUAAUUACCAAUUAUUCCUAAAAUCGUGACAAAUAUUGAGUUCACGUCGGCCCAAGUCAUUCACACCCUGUAAACAUUUUGAGAAACUGCAAAGGCCAAAUCAUUCGAACCAUGACCACAUUUUGAGUUUAAAUCGGUUACAAAAGAAGAACAGCCUGGACAUUUUUGUAGUUCAUUUUAUUUCAUAACUUGUACAAUUUUUUUAGGAAAAGUGAGGGCUGAAUUAUUCCAAGCCUGAACAACUUUUGCAUUAAUAUUAAGUCCAUAUUAUUCAUAACUUGAACAUAUUGAAAAUGUCAAAACAUGUUUUGUGAAGAGAUAUUAGGAAGAUACUGUAGUUAAGCAAGAGGGUUUUUUUGUGUUUAAUUUUCUAACACCGCACAACAAACAAAUAUUGUAAAUGUAUGACAACUCCUUUACUGUUUCCAAAUUCCAAAACGUUUGCCUUUUUCUUCUAUUAAUAUUGCUCUAACACAACUUCACACAGCCUUUGAUCAAAAUUCCCAUUUAACAAAUACAAAUUUGUCAGUUCGUUCAAUGUGUGGGAUUGUAACAAUGAUUUCCUGUUCAGUUCAUCAGCGUAGCCAAAUGUGGCGGCCAGUUGGCAGGAAGUCACUGCACUCAUCGGCGUCACGUUAAACUUAUUGUGGAAGCCGACCUCAGCUCUUGAUAGCGUUUGCAGCCACUUGUACGAAGAAAUGCUGUCAUGAAAUGGAGCCAACUGUCAAAAAAGGUCUUUCCACCACCGUUACAUAUGCCAAAUUUUUGUCUCCGGUGUGUCCCAGUAACACAAACGUUACACAUUUGAUUCCACGCAGACCAAAACAUUCUCUUCAUUAAAUGAAGGCAACCUGUCAAGUCCGACCAAACGCGCACACACACACACAAACACACACACACACACACACUUGGCUUUGUCUGUGCUUGGUUUGUUGACCGAUGGAAGUGUUGAAGGUUGGUUCACUUUCUUUUUUUUCUUUUUAAUUAUCUAGGAUCUACCUGAAUGUUAAUGAGCGUUGUUAUUUAAUUCUCGUCUCCACUGUAUGUAUAUAUUUCCAAAUAAGACACCAACUAUGGUACUGUAUCACCGACAACGUGAUGACAAUGGUUCAAUAAAAAAAAAAAAAAUUGAGGACUAUUCAAA